AUGGAUAUCACAUUUCUAGGAACAGCAUCUGCCUAUCCUACACCUACUAGGGGUGUAUCAUGUACAGUAUUUAGAACUGAUAGUGUAUGUUGGUUGUUUGAUUGUGGUGAAGGCUCACAGACUCAGUUAAUGAGAAGUCAGUUGAAAGCCAGUAAAAUAUAUAAAAUAUUCAUAUCACAUUUACAUGGAGACCAUGUAUUUGGUUUACCAGGAUUACUAUGUACCAUCAGUCAGAAUAAACGCAGAAAUAAACCAGUUGAUAUAUAUGGUCCAGUUGGUUUACGUAAGUUAUUAAGAAUAAAUCUUCAGCUCUCUCGAACUCAACUGGAAUUUGAUUAUACAGUUCAUGAACUACAGACGCUAGAUCAUGAAUACCCAGCAGAUUGGCAGUCAUGGCCUGUAAAUCAUAUUAGUGAUGAAGACUUACAUCCUAAUGAAACACCUGGUACAACUAUAGUACCUGAUAGUAAUAAUAUAUUACAUCUAUUUGAAGAUGAUGAGUUCAUCGUGACAUCUGUAUGGACAAAACACAGAAUACCAUCAUAUGGAUUUAUAAUUGAAGAAAAGUCUCGGCCAGGCACACUAGAUGUAUCAAUAUUGGUAUCUAAGGGUGUUCCUAUUGGGCCAUUAUAUGGUAAAAUAAAGUCAGGAGAAACAAUAACAUUAGAGAAUGGAACUGUGAUAAAACCAGAAGAUGUUGUUGGUCCACCAAUUAAAGGUAGAAAGGUUAUUAUUAUGGGAGACAGCACAGAUUCCUGGAAUCUCAAACAUAUUGGACAAGAUGCUGACGUGUUGAUACAUGAAGCAACUCUAGAAAAUUCAUUGAGUGAAAAGUGUAUAGAAAAUGGACAUUCUACACCGGAAAUGGUGGCAAAGUUAGCAAAAUCCUUGAAUGUGAAACAACUAAUAUUAACACAUUUUAGUCAGAGAUAUAAACCUCUUUCAUGUCAGUUAAAAGAGGGUGAUGAUUCAGUACAGACAUUACUAAAUGAAGCAGAGGCUAUAUUAGGUACAGGAUCUGUUAUAUGUGCUGAAGAUUUUAUGGUAUAUAAUGUAGCCAGAAAUAAGUAGUUACAUCAUCUUUCAUUGAUCUAAAUUAGAUAACCUUUCAUCUCUUAUUUUGCAAUCAUGAACACAAAAUGCUCUUAGUAUAUUUAUUUCACAUGGUUGUGAACAAAUAAGAACUGCAACAAAAUGUUAUAGGAUACCAUUGUAGAUAUAACCUUUUCUUAUUCAAAGAUAUAUUAUGGAAGGCAUAAAUUGUUAGAAUUAAAUGCACUGUUUUUAUAUUAUAGUUUAUUGACAAUUUUCUUGUAAACUAGGUUUAUUAAAUUUUUACAAAAUAUGUCGUCAAGACAAAAAAUAUGACACUAUAAAUAUUGAAAUAGAUAUCAGAUGUUUUGAUUUACUGGCAUACACAAAGUUUCAAUAUAGAGAUUGAUGAAUUAUAAUCUCAGAUAAAUGCAAUCCUUUUUCUUAAUAAAUAUACAGUAUUGUUUGCUGGUAGUUAUUCAAUAUCAGAUAACCUUUGCUCAAUUGCACAAAUAUCUUUGUGUGAUUUUACCAAAAAUAGUAACAAAUAUAAUCUCAAACAAUAAAUAAUAAAUCGUCACCAUACUAUUCUAUAUCCACAAAAGUUGUUUUUCGAGAAAAUGGAGUUCCAAGUUUCAAAACAGAUUUUUUUUUCGUAUUUAAUUUGAAUGAAGCCAAACUUUGCAUAAUUGUCCUUUCUGGUCUAAAUUUACUACAUUAUUAGAGUAGGAGGUAGAACAAUUACCUCUAAGAAAAUACCAGACUGUUCUAUAUCCAUAAAUUGACAUUGAUUAAAGUCAAGUGAAUGCUCAAAAUAUAUAUUUCAAUUCAUAUAAUGUACUUACAAUCCAUUUAAAAAUAAACUAAUCCAAAUUAAAGUGAAAUACAAGUAGUAUAAAACUACUGACUUCUAACUUCUUUUCAUAUGAUCCCAUUGGAUAAAAAAAGACAUAAAACACUAUGGUUCUAAGUAUUUUUUUUGUAUAAACAAUAUUAAUUUACAUAAUAGGAUUAGGGAACAGGCUUUUGCCUAUAAUACCCUCUCCUUAGUGGUUCUAAGUUGGAAUUAGAACAAUUUUUUAAGUUGAAAAAAAAAAAACCCAUUUAAAAUGAUACUAGGAGGCUAAAAUUUGGUAUGAACAUAG